CCGUCUUAAUGAUAUGAUGUGGCUGAGUUAUGUAAAUUGUUUUUUCAUGUGAGCAGAUGGAAUAUUGGAAAUCACACCGGACGCUUAAAUGUGCAAGGGAAAUCGAUGAGGGCACACCUGAGUGUGGUUUUGAACUCUUGCCUUCUUACUUAUACAUGAUAAGAAGGGCAAAUCCGAAUACAGUUACGCGUCUUCAAAUCGAUGAGCUUGGAAGAUUCAUGUAUGUGUUUCUUGCGUUUGGUGCGAGCGUUAAUGGGUUUCCUUUCAUGCGCAAAGUUGUUGUCGUCGACGGUACGUUUCUUAAUGGUAAAUAUAAAGGGACGUUACUCACAGCACUAGCUCAGGAUGGUAACUUUCAGAUUUUUCCAAUAGCCUUCGCAGUGGUUGACACUGAAAAUGAUGAUUCGUGGAAUUGGUUUUUUACGCAACUAAAAGUGUUGAUUCCUGACCAGGAGGGUCUUGCGAUAAUAUCAGAUAGGCAUAACUCGAUAGGGAAAGCAAUUACAAAUGUGUAUCCGUUAGCUGCUCGUGGAAUAUGCACCUAUCAUUUGUAUAAAAACAUAUUGGGACGGUACAAAGGAAAAGAUGUAUUUCGGCUGGUGAAGAAAGCGGCGCGAUAUUUUAGAAUGUCUGACUUUGAUAUGAUUUUCGAGGAGAUUAAAGCACUUAAUCCUGAUCUCCACGGCUACCUCGAAAGAGCUGAUGUCAGACUGUGGACACGUGUUUAUUUCCCGGGCGAGAGGUACAAUUUGAUGACUACGAACAUAGCGGAAUCAAUGAACAGAGCAUUAUCGCAUGCUAGAGGUCUUAACAUUGUUCGAAUAUUGGAAUCGAUACGGGUUAUGAUGACCAGAUGGUUUGCUGAACGAAGAGUGGAUGCCAGAUCGCAGUCAACCACACUCACGCGCGGUGUGGAGAAACUAUUACAAGGACGUGUAAGUGCCUCCCGGGAUUGGACGGUUCAAAGGAUUGAUGACCAUCACACUGAAGUUAAAUAUGGCGCUGCUGGCGAGUCUUUGAAUGUUGUUAAUUUGGUUGAGCGAAAGUGCACAUGUCGGCGUUUCGAUGUCGAGAAAAUACCAUGUGUACACGCAAUCGCAGCUGCAGAGGAAAGAAAUGUUUCUCGAAUAUCACUGUGCAGUCCUUACUAUAAAAGCACUUAUUUAGCUAGCGCAUACGCUGAAUCGGUCAUGCCGGUUGACUCAGCGCUACCUGUUCCAGAUAACGUGGCUAACGUACAGUGCUUUCCACCGUUUAUUCGUCAACAACCGGGAAGACCUAAAAAAAAUAGGAUGAAAUCUGCUUUAGAAGUUGCACUUGCAAACAAACGUCCUAGGAAAGAGCACAUAUGUUCUCGUUGCAGUCAAAGUGGACAUAAUGCGAGAACUUGUCCGAUAUAAGCAAUUGCUUUUCAUGUUGUUUUGAAAUACGGCUGGGUUUUGUGUUGUAAUACGGCUGGGUUUUGUGUUGUAAUACGGCUGGGUUUUAUUUUCAUUGAUUUGCACAACGGCUGGAUUAUUAUUUGUAAUACGGCUGGGUUUUGUGUUGUAAUACGGCUGGGUUUUUUUGUAUUGUGGUUGGGUUUUUAUUUUCAUUGAUUUGCCCGCUUCCCAUUACUCAAGAGAGACACAGACAUCGAAAAACGAAAUGUCCGUACUUAAUUGCCCUACGUUACGUAAUAGCCCCUACGUAAUUAUUGAUUAUAAAGUGGAAUACGAAAGUAGCGAAUUAAAUUAAGAGAAAUUAAUCUUCAUUGGCUGAGAUAAUGUUACUCACACGCCUAAUAAUUGUCGUGAUUUCUAAUGUCAGCUCUUUUAUUCAAACGCAGUUGAAAAAAACUUCCCCGCUAGAAACACGAAACGUCGCGAAGUCAAUUAAGGCUGAGUUAUUGUAAUACACGGCUGAGUUAUGGAUUAAAUUCCCGCUCAAAAUAAGAAAUAAGAAACGCCGCGAUACGAAACUACAACCGUUAACUGCAGAUAAAUAAGGUACUUCUCAAACAAUUACACAUCUUCAACUCUCUAUCUUUUACACAACUGUCCUCUCAGAGAAAAUGGAAUAUUUCCCUCUGCUUGAAUUGCCUGAAGAUCUUCAGGCAAUGGUGGUUGAGCGUGUGGCCCGUAACUCCUUCCAAGAUCUCUACCGCCUCAGAGCAUCGUCCAGGUCGAUGAAGGCGUUAGCAGAGAUGCGUAGGGUAUACCAUUAUUUCGAUGUGUUAUCCUUUCCCUGGGGUCUCAUUAUGCCAUCUCAGUUGUUGAAAACUUGCUACGCUGAGAACAAUCCAAGCACAAUUUAUGUAAAGGGUGUACAGUUUUUCUACUCAUACGA